GUGACUAGACCGGGUGGUGGGUGUGUGUACGAGCCACGCACUCACGCACACACACCCCUCCCGCUGCUUCACACACACAUACACACACACACGCACAUACUCACACAUCUACACACACACACACACACGCACGCACGUCGGUUACCUCAGAGCUAACAUAGACCCCGUUACGGCGCGAUAAUUUAGGCCAAGCCAGCAGUUCUAACUUUCACUCUUUACUGGCGCUCCGGAGCGGGCGGGAGGAGACCACAGUGUGCCGAGGGAGCCAACAGUGUGUGUGCUGCUGCUGCUCACAGCCAUGUGCGCUGUUUCUGCCGUGUGCUCUCCCAGUGCUUGCUAUAUUACACCUUACCAGUGAACCAGUGAUACCAGUGAUACUCUUUAGUGCGUACAGCUCGCCUUAUAGCUGUGAAUUAUUUAUUUUGUGAGUGUUUUGUGCGAGAAUGCUCUCAGAGAUGGAGCUCCCAAUAUCAGUGCAUAACUUCAACUUGUCCCCCCAGUUCGGGCAGUUGACGAUUUCUGCCGCUCCCAUGAGUGUAGACAUGAGUGGUCAAGGUGUGGGUAUACCCACGAGUGCCUUCUCCCCCACAUACACACCCAUUACCUCAGUUGGAGGUGUAGUUAACUCCAGUGUAUCAACCAACACUAUUACCAGUAAUGUUACAACUAACAAUAAUAAUCUGUUGACUCCAACUCUAAUGGACUCUGGUUUGUUUCCCGGGGUAGCCACCACGACCCUGGACUACGGCUCCCUGACGGACAUGCCAGACACCAAGGAGGGCAUCGAGGAACUGUGUCCGGUGUGUGGAGAUAAAGUGUCCGGCUACCAUUAUGGACUGCUCACUUGCGAAUCCUGCAAGGGUUUCUUCAAGAGGACGGUACAGAACAAGAAGGUGUAUACCUGCGUGGCCGACCGAUCCUGCCAGAUAGACAAGACUCAGAGAAAACGCUGUCCCUACUGCCGCUUCCAGAAGUGCCUUGAGGUGGGCAUGAAACUUGAAGCGGUUCGGGCAGACCGGAUGAGAGGAGGCCGCAACAAGUUCGGACCCAUGUACAAGCGCGACAGGGCACGGAAACUUCAGAUGCUUCGACAGCGACAGUUGACACAUCCAGGAAUACUAUCCGGUGGCCGACACCCCACCACCUCCGGCGUCGCCAUCACUUACUCCGCGCCCGGCUACUCCUCGGCGCCCUCCUCACACGUACACAUCAAAGAAGAAAUACAGAGUCCCUUCCUAUCGUCGUCCACGUCGUCACCUGACUCGUCUCCGUCGCCCAUGGGUGGAUUGGGCGGGCUGGUGGCGGCUUCCAGUGGCAGCAGCGGCCUGGUGGCUUCUGGACCCGUUGCGCCGAUCAUCGCUGGCCCCGACCCCACCUUCUGGGUCACCAACACUCAGUCAACAGCCGCCGGGGUAACCGCAGGAACGCCGCCUUCGGGCGGCGUGGGCGGUGGGGGCGGCGGAGGCGGGGGCGGCGGAGGUGGAAGUCGCACGGCUCCGGGCGGCCCCAGGAUCCCUCUUAUGAUCCGAGAGUUGGUAGAGACAGUCGACGACCAAGAAUGGCAAGCGUCUCUCUUCUCACUCCUCCAAAACCAGACUUACAACCAGUGUGAGGUCGACCUCUUCGAGCUCAUGUGUAAAGUGCUCGACCAGAACCUCUUCGCCCAAGUCGACUGGGCGCGCAACUCCUGUUUCUUCAAGGAUCUCAAGUUACAGAGCUGGUGUAGUGGAGUGGGUCAAGGGCGCGGCGGCGGCGGCGGUGACGGCGACGGCGGCGGCCCGGGGGAUGCCUACCAGCGCUGGCGGUCAACUCUUGCUCGCGUGCUACACGUUGACGAUCAAAUGAAGCUGUUGCAGCACUCCUGGUCUGACCUCCUGAUCCUUGACCACCUGCACCAACGUAUACACAACAGGCUCCAGGACGAAACCACACUACCUAAUGGUCAAAAGUUUGACCUCCUCUCUCUGGCUUUGCUAGGAACUACUCAAUUUGCUGAUCGUUUCCAUACAGUUCUCAAUAAACUAGUGGAUCUCAAGUUUGAUGUCCCAGAAUACGUCUGUGUCAAAUUUGUAAUUCUACUUAACCCAGAGGUGCGGUUGUUGAGUGACCGGCGGUCUGUGGUAACGGCCCAUGACCAGGUCCGCCAGGCGCUCAUGGAGUACAUUGCUAACGUUUAUCCUGAUGAAUCGGACAAAUAUCAGAAGAUAAUGGACCUACUGCCAGAACUGCACUAUAUUGCCGAUAAUGGUGAGAAAUACUUGUACUACAAGCACAUAAACGGAGCUGCACCUACGCAGACUUUGCUAAUGGAGAUGCUACACACCAAAAGGAAAUAGAGAAAGUGUCAGCUUUCUACUUUCAACCGUCCAGUGCGCCACAUGUGUAUAUGAAGGGUGGACACAAGUUUUAGUCACCACACCAGGCCAGAAGGAGGGUCUCCCCCAUGACCAACACGUACAACAAUCCCUAGACAAAUGCCAUGGGAUUAUAAGCUAUGGUUCCAUCAAGCGAGUAUUUUGAAUGCUACAGUACAUGGAAGGAGCUCCUAUGACACUGCCCAUCCCAAUGAAGCCAGCUCCGGGUCAGCUCUGCAGGUUGUUUCAGUCAGUAGUUUUGAGUUUGAAGAAAUAAAUUUAUAUAUCAUGAUUUCCUGCAGGGAAAUGACUAAUAUUAACCUGAAACACUCAAAAUUACUGAUCAUCAACUUAAGAGAUUAGUCUGACCCAACACCACUCAACGGUCACAAGCAUCCGUCUGGUGAAGUGCUGUGCUAGUCAUACCCUCUGAGGAGCGGCAACGUCAUUCCCGAGCCUGAGAUAUAAACGGUAAUCUAUGGUGCUAAGCCUUCCUGGGGAUACCAUAAGGUACAGACAGCCAAGGAACUCUUAUGAGACAGGUGGCUAGUGGUGAGUGCUAAGUGGUCCCCUGUUAAUUGUUACCAGAAGCACCAUGGUGCAAUCAGGACUAAUAUAAGGAAGUUGAGGCUCCAAGUGUUGAUCAGUCAGUGGUGCGCUACUCUCACUGAAUGAUAUUAUCCCUUACACAUCCUCUGUUUCUGUGGCGCAUCAUACCUCAUUUCUCACUUUUCUUACGGUGGCGGUCUCCUCACUCACUUUGGUACAAAGCUCUCACUUGUGAAUAUGUUUCACCACUUAUAUAUCUAUUUAUUUCUGAACAUAAUUGUAAAAACCUGGGUAUAUGUCCAAACAGCUGUUUGCCCAGAUACAUAAAUAUUAACUUGAUAAAUUAAUGCAUAACACAUAUAGAGUGUAGGUGUUGUGAACUAGUUUUUGAUACUGUUGUUUUGUACAAGAGAUUAUAAAGUAGCAGAGUAUAGUAUUCUUGCAUGAGCAAUCAUCUUUACCCAGAUAUUGCUGCCACUUGUCCAGGAAAUGUGUUCCAUGUGAGAUCAGCAGGCUUGGCUGCUCUGGUUGUCCAGGAAAUGUAUUCCGUAUGAGGGUGGCAGGCUUGGCUGCUCUCCUUGUCCAGGAAAUGUGUUCCAUACAAGGUUGGCAGACUUGGCUGCUCUCCUUGUCCAGGAAGUGUGUUCUGUACGAGGGUGGCAGGCUUGACUGCUCUCCUUGUCCAGGAAAUGUGUUCCAUACAAGGUUGGCAGGCUUGGCUGCUCUUCUUGUCCAGGAAAUGUGUUUCUGUAUGAGGGUGGCAGGCUUGGCUGUUCUCCUUGUUUAUCACUUAGCUGAUAACAAUAAUUUAUAGUUUGUUAAUUAUCAAGUAGAAGCAUAAAUUUCUAGUGCCUCAACUAGGUUAACCGAGCAUGUACAAAACACAGACAUUUUGAAAGUUGUGGCACAUGAAUCAGUGCAUGCAGGAGGCAUAUGGGGGAUUUUACAAAUAAAUUUAUUUUUAUUAUAUUAUAAAUUAUUUAAUAUGUAAAGAUUUUACUUUUUGGCAUGUAUCAGAUGCCAAUGCUAUAUUUACUGUGUGUAUGUGUGUGUAUAUGUAUGUAUGUAUGUAUGUGUGUGUAUAUUAUAUAUAUAUAUAUAUAUA